AUGAACGAAGGGCACCACGAUACGCCUAAAAAAGCGCGUUUAAAAGGGAUUUGUGAGUACCUUGAGUUCGAGGGCAUCCCCUAUAAGCGUAAGAAGCUGUACAAGUUUGUGGGCGUCUCACCAGCGCGUGGCAGAGCGAUUCUCAACAGCUUCAAAGCCCAGCAGUUGCCCUGGGCCUCUGUGGCCCUUAAGGCCGCCAGCGAUCUUGACCUCUCUGGCCGGACCGUACGCCGCCGGCUUAACGAGCGAGGGAUACACAAGCGAAUUGCUCAACAGGUUGACUACGUGUUGCCGGCUCUGGCUAAGAGACGGCUCGAGUGGGCACAGCACACAUUGAACCUUCGCCCACGGGCUAAAGACUGGCACGAGGUCGUCUUCUCUGACGAGACGCACUUUGGAUACGGCUCUGAAGGUACUGCCUGGAUCGCCAGGAAAGCCGGCACUCGUGGCGAUCCUGCCGUGGGAUACGAUUACAAGAGCCCUCUUAUCUGGUAUGAGGUGCCUGGUAAUACUAACGGCAAGAUGAGCCAGAAAGUGUAUCUGGAGACCGUUUUAGAGGGCUUCGUCAAGCCGUGCCUUAUGAAGACCUUCGAGGACCUUAGCCGGCCACUUGUCCUCGAAGAAGAUGGCGAUAGUGGCCACGGGCCAGGUAAGGAUAACCCGGUCAGGGCCUGGAAGGAAAAACACGGCCUACAGUACUUCUUUAAUUGCCCUCAAAGCCCGGAUUUAUCGCCUAUAGAAAACUGCUGGCUCGCGACUAAAGAGGCCUUACGCCAAAGACCUCAUUGGGAUGAAGAUACUGUCAAACAGCUAGCCGAAGAAGGAUGGUUAGCAUUAAGCCAGGAGACCAUCAACGCCUGGAUUGAGAUAUUUACUUACCGACGAAGGCGCAUUAUCGUUUGUGUACAACCAAUCCCGCGCCCGCGCCUCGUCGAUAUCAUGGAAACUUUGGAGAAUGCUGCAAAUCGGACUUCUAGAAUAAGUCGACUGCCUGGUCCUUCCGCGCCCUCAGGUUUAUCCGAAUUGAGCGAGUCACAACACAACACUCGCAAUCAAUCCGCCAUUCCUGCUCUUGGCGGAGUCAAGAAUUUGAAGCGCGAGAUUCCUCAACCUGCCAUCUCUCAACCAGAGCCAAAACGAAAACUCCUGUCCGAACGUGCUGCCGAGUACCUACCCAAGCCGGCGCACAGCUAUGGCACCCGAGCGAACGUGGUCAAGGGCCUUGCGCUUACGAGUGCGUCCCAGUUGAGGUCCUCCUACCGACAACAGACAGAUCAAGUGCCAUCGGUCAGUAGCUUCACGAAGAGCUUGGGCCCUAGCAGAGAACGAUCAGGCACAAAGAUGACUGCCAUUCGCCCUCCAUCUGCGCGCCCUCCAGCUGCACGUUCGAAGGGCCAGGCGCCGCGCCCCAAAACAUCUCACGGACACCGCGACGAAGACCUUCUCGAUCAAACGACAAUCACAAACGCUUUCGACGUCGAUGGACGAGUUGGAGAGAUGGAAUCGCAAUUUAAGGAACUAAAGGACAUAGUAAACAGCUCGCUUACAGAAAAAAAGGAAUAUGACGAUGCCCUUGAGCUGGCAAAGACGCGCGCGGCCGAACUCGAAAGCGAUCGCCAUAAACUGACCGGGCGCAUUGAAUUCCUGAAUGCCGAGCUCGAAAGCUCUAGAGAGGAGCGCCACUCCUUGCGACAUCAACUCGAGGAGAUUCAGUGGAAGAACCAGCGAGAGGUUGAUCAGCUCAACCGUGACCACUCGAGAGUUGUCGAGGAUCUGUCUCGUCAGCAUCGUACCGCAGUCGAAGAUCUUGGCCGCGACCUGGAUCUUCUCAAAGAUCAAGAAACGAAGCAACAUCAGGAGCACAUCGAGUCAAUCACCCGAAAACACCAAAAGGCCCUGGAGGAUGAACGCCAACGCAAAGAACGGGAGAUUCAAGAUUUGCGAUCGCGACUGGGCAACGAAGCACAGGAUAUGAAUUUGAGCAUUCAACGGAAGGAACGUGACUUGCAAGAUUUGCGUGCCGAGAACGAGAUAUUUCGUAGCGAAAUUGAGCGCCAAAAGAAUCUCAAUGGCAAUCUGCAGUCCAACAUUGCCGAGCUUGCUGCCGCCAAUACAACGCUGGAAGCCAAACUGAACUCGGUUCGUUCACAAGUGGAGUUUCUCGAGUCUGGUAGCAAAGCACAAUCCGACUCCUUUGCAAAUAUGGAGGCCAGGCUCCAAGACGCUCUUCGAUUAGCUGAGGAAGCGAAGCAGAAGCUGAUCAGGGAGGAAACUGAAAGGCGCAUCCUUUUCAACAAAUACCAAGAGCUCAAGGGCAACAUUCGCGUCAUGUGCCGAGUACGUCCAUCUUUGGAGACUCCUAAGGAGGAUCACGCCGGCAUUUCCUUCCCGGACGACAAAACGUCGGCAGAAAUUGUCCUCGCAGGACCGGAAGAGCGUAGCAGCCUAGGCGUAGUCUCGCGGAGGAACUAUCCUUUCGAGUUCGAUCGCGUCUUUAUGCCGGCCUCCGAGAACGAAGAAAUUUUCGGCGAGAUUUCACAACUUGUCCAAAGCGCAUUGGAUGGCUAUAACGUUUGCAUUUUCUGUUAUGGCCAGACCGGCUCUGGCAAGACUCAUACCAUGUCGUCGGACGAUGGGAUGAUUCCCCGCGCAACACACAUGAUUUAUGACACAAUCAAAAAGCUAAAAGAAAAAUCCUGGGAGUACUCCAUGGAGGGCUGUUUUGUCGAGGUUUACAACGAAGAACUAAACGACUUGCUAGUACCGAACGAGCGUAAUUCCAAGAAGCUUGAAAUUCGGCACGACGAAGCGCGCAAGCAAACCACUAUCGUCAAUUGCACAAUGGUCAAACUGAGCUCGGCCGAUGUUGUCGAGACGAUGCUAAGUGAGGCGCAAAAGAAUCGAUCAGUGGCAGCGACCAAAGCCAACGAACGCUCGUCUCGGUCGCACAGCAUAUUUAUUCUUAAGCUCGUGGGGAGGAACUUGGCCACUGGAGAGCAGUGCGAAGGCACAUUGAAUCUAGUAGACCUGGCAGGCUCGGAGCGUCUCAAGCACUCGCAGGCCGAGGGCGACCGCAUGAAGGAAACGCAGAACAUCAACAAGAGUCUCAGCUGUCUGGGUGAUGUGAUUGAAGCUCUGGGUCGCGGAUCCGGCCAUAUUCCGUACCGCAACUCCAAGCUGACGCACCUCCUUCAGUACAGCCUUGGUGGUAACAGCAAGACUCUGAUGUUCGUCAUGGUGUCACCGCUGGAGGCGCACCUCAAAGAAACGCUGACAAGCUUACGAUUCGCGACCAAGGUAACCAUGGCCCGUAAACCAACAUUCUCUUUGAGGCAUAUCAGACUAACGGCAUAUCUGUAG